CCAAAUUCGACUGGCCAAUCAACCUAGUUUUGGGCGACACGUCAAGAAACAAUCAUCCGUGGACAAUCCAUCAUCCAUCCACCACCACCACCACCUUCCUCAUCACGCCAAAGGCAGGGUGUCCAUGAAGCUUACACAGGACCACGACGCUACUCCCUCCGUAGAUAUGUCUGGUGACAGCGCCGCCGCGGUCGUAGAUGACUCGUCCACCGACACGCCGACCAUCCAUACAUCGACUUACUCCACGCGGCAUUACACGGCAGUCCAAGCAUCCUCGUCUUGGAAUCAACUGUCCAUGUUGCAAGAAACACUGUUCCCAUCAUUCACAUCAAAGCUCGACGUCCAGCAGAAAAGUUUCAUUGCCGGAGCAGCGGCCGGCAUUGUGUCUCGCACCGCGACGGCGCCGAUGGACCGCAUCAAGGUCGCGUUGCAAGCGGGACAUGCACAUGGAGGUAUCUGCCAAGAGUCCAUUCUGUCCGUGGCGCGCAAGAUCUAUGCGAGCGGCGGGUGGAUAUCAUUCUUCCGCGGGAAUGGCGCCAACGCGAUCAAAGUCACGCCGGAAUCGGCCAUCAAGUUCUGGUCGUUCUCGUUCUUCUCAACGCACUUUCCGAACCACGAACAUGGCGAGCCGCUCUGCGCGACCGAGAAACUCGUCGCCGGCAGCCUCUCCGGCGCCAUCUCCCAACUCGCGAUCUACCCUCUCGAGAUCGCCAAGACCCACUUCUGUCUAGGCGGAGAAUACAAGUCCCUGUGGCACUGCAUCUCGAGCAUUGCCGCGAAGGACGGCCUCCACGGGCUCUACCGCGGCCUCCUUCCGUCUCUCCUAGGCAUCGUGCCGUACGCAGGGGUCGACCUUGCUCUGUUUUUCACGCUAAAGGAGUCGUACACGACUAAGUUCGAAGCGCCACCGUCCGUGGGUCACGUCCUGCUGUUUGGUGCGAUCUCGAGUUCCUGUGGACAAGUCGUGUCGUAUCCCCUGCAAGUGGUCCGCACGAAACUGCAAGCACAAGGGAUGGCCGGUCGACCGGUCAUAUUCACCGGCAUGACCGACUGCCUCGUCAAGAUCCUACAGACACACGGACUCCGCGGCCUCUACCGCGGCCUCCUUCCCAACUUCCUCAAGUCCGUGCCCGCUAUCUCCAUUUCGUACGCCGUGUUUGAAACCGUCAAGGACGCGUUAUAAUAUAAUAUCGUUUUACUCACAA